CAGGAUUGCAGGAGGCGAGUCAAAAUGCCUCUGCGCCUGCACAAACUGUGCAUUUGGUGCGCACGUGUGUACAAAGUUUGUGCGCGUGCGCAAAGCACGCCCACCAAGCCAUGCCCACCGAACCAGUGGUAAAAAGUUUUUGAAACACGCCACUGGUCAUGUCACUUUUUGCAGUGCUGUUUUAACUUGAAAUGGUCACUAAAAGAGCUGUUGUAAGUCAAGGACUACCUCCAUUCCUUACUGUUCUUAUUUUGUCCUUUAAAAGGUAUAUGUAAGAGAAGAGUCAAAUCGAAUGAUGGACCUAGUUCUCAGAGAUCUUAAAGUGAUACAUACCUGCUACUUAAUGUAACAAAAUAUUAAAUCUUGCUUUGAUCUUCUUUGCUGGCUUCAGAAAUCUCGUUAGCGUUCAAAACUGGAGUCUUGACUAUGCCCCAGUGAAUUAAUGGAAGACGUUUCUGAGUUGAUUUGAAUGUAACGAGGGACAUGCAUAUUUCCAAAACUAUGCUGUUUCUGAAAAAUCAAAUUCAUUUUAUUUCCCUUGAAAGCUGCUAAAGGUGCUAAGGAGCAACUGAGUUUGUCCGCAUUUUCAUGUAGUUAAGACCACUGAUGGAGAAAAGUAUGUUCCUAAAAUAGACCCACAUUGAGUACUUACAGGCCUCCAAAAUGAAAUGAAAUAUUUUGUUAGCUAGAUAAGAGCAUGAGGUUAUUCAGCAAAAAAAAAAUCUGUUUUAAUUUCUACAUGAUUUGUUGUGUUUUUUUUAGAGAAGGGCUAUCUGGCAUAAGACACUACCAUAUAAAAGAAACAAUGACAUCACAAAAGCAAUAUUAUUUGGCGGAAAAGCAUCUUUUUGACUCCAUUCCAGAGUUAAUUGACUAUCAUAAACACAACGCUGCAGGGCUUGUGACGAGGCUACGAUACCCAGUGACUCCAAAAGUGAAACCUUCACCAACUACUGCUGGAUUCAGCUAUGAGAAAUGGGAAAUCAAUCCUGCAGAACUCACCUUUAUGCGAGAACUGGGCAGUGGCCUCUUUGGCGUAGUGCGGCUGGGCAAAUGGAGAGCCCAGUACAAAGUAGCCAUCAAGGCCAUCCGAGAAGGUGCCAUGUAUGAAGAGGACUUUAUAGAAGAAGCUAAAGUGAUGAUGAAGUUGACGCAUCCGAAAUUAGUCCAGCUAUAUGGCGUUUGUACUCAGCAGAGGCCUAUCUACAUAGUGACGGAGUUUAUGGAGCAUGGCUGCCUUCUAAAUUAUCUUCGCCAAAGACGUGGACACUUUACUAAAGACAAUCUGCUGACUAUGUGUCAGGAUGUCUCUGAAGGAAUGGAAUACCUGGAGAGAAAUAGCUUCAUACACAGAGAUUUGGCUGCUAGAAACUGCUUAGUGAAUGAGUCAGGAGUGGUGAAAGUAUCUGAUUUUGGAAUGACAAGAUAUGUUCUUGAUGAUCAGUACACCAGCUCCUCAGGCGCUAAAUUUCCUGUGAAGUGGUGUCCGCCUGAAGUUUUCAAUUACAGCCGAUUCAGCAGCAAGUCUGACGUUUGGUCUUUUGGAGUUCUCAUGUGGGAAGUGUUUACGGAAGGGAAGAUGCCCUUUGAGACAAACACAAACUACGAAGUGGUGACUAUGAUUACACAAGGACACCGGCUAUUUCGACCCAAGCUAGCUUCUAAGAAUAUUUAUGACUUGAUGGUAAUGUGCUGGCAUGAGAAACCAGAAGGACGUCCUACAUUUCAGGAUCUCCUGCAUAGGAUUGAAUGUAUAGCUGAAGACUCUUCAUCCUGACUAUAAGCUUGGCAGGUGCAAGAAUUCACAAUAAGGACAAUAUCAUUUCAGAGAUGCUGCUGGACUCUUGCCAGAGACAGUCCUGGAUGCUGCUUAGAAGGACCGUGGGAAGACAAGGCAAUUGUGCCUAUGGCUCCUUUGUCUCUGGAACAAGUUUUACCCACAUAUUUAAAGUCCAUUUGGCUAGGCAAACAGUAUUGUUAUCAAGAGGACCAACGUGUGGUUUUCCUGAGAGGGGAAAAUGCCCAUUUGUAGCAGGAUAAAGCUAUGUACAACAUUGCCCGAAUUCAGCACAAGCCUUUUUAUAAGCCAGCUGUUGACUUGAAAGGACAAAAUUUAAAGUGAUGGUCGUUUAUAGUCUUGCCCAUUGCUGAGCCCUCCAGAUGCGUUUGGCCACAUUUCCUUUUCAGGAAGCACAGAGGUUGGCGUACACUGGUUUGGUCGUAGCGGCUGGUGAAUGUAGAGGUGAUAGGUAGAUGGUGUGUGGAGAAACUGAGGCUGUGAGUCUCCUUCAGUGGCUUGUCAGGAAAACAGGAACGAAGAGAAAGGACUAGUACAAAAUACCAGAUCUCCUUGACUAGAUUUGCUCAAAGACCCCACCAGGCCCGAAACAGAUGUUAGAAAGACUAUCAGAAGACCUUCCAGUACUUGUGACUUGUUAAAGCAGUCAUUAAGUUAAUGAAGAAAAAUACCCUUUUGGUUUGAUCUGUGAUAUAUAAUCCUUCACAAAAGAAAAAUAUGAUUAAAGCCUCUUUAAAACGUGUCCGUUUCUAGAAACCAGAAGGGGCCUUAUGAAACACAGCAUUUGUCAUAAAUGUAUUCUAAAUGCCAUUUAUGGAUUGUAAAUAUGCACUGCACAUAGGUUUUCAUACGAAGGGAGAAUGUAGUAUGUCCUACACUAUUUAAAAACACAACACAUUGACUCCUUUAUCGUAUGCUACAUGUUCAGUUUGGUGCUUAGCAAAAAGAGAACAAGCUCCCAACUUCAUUACAAACUGGAGAGUUUUUUGUUUUUUUUUAUCAGAUUGUUAUUUUGAUUUUACCAGCUGCAAAGCGUGCUCCAUUGCCAGGGACUUAAUGUAUAGCAA